AUUAUCAUCAUCGUCAUCACCGUCAGGCUCCGAGACCUGCUGAGUUGAGGAGGCGACACGAUGGCUUGGCUCUCCUCCUAACUAACCGUCCGGCCUUCAGCAUGAGCGACUUGGACGCCUUGGCGGUCGCGGAGCCCCCCCCCCCCUACAUGAUCUUCCUGGUGGUCUUCCUCUUCUUCGUCACGGGGCUGCUGGGCUUCCUGGUGUGUCACACGCUCAAGAAGAGAGGCUACCGCUGCCGCACCUGGGAGACGGACGAAGAGGAGGAGGAGGAGGAGGAGGAGAAGGAGAAGGAGAAGGAGGGAAAGAAGGAGGAAGUCAGUGCAGAAGAUGAUGACGAAGACAACCAGGACACAGUGGAGCAAAUCCUCAAAUGUAUUAUUGAAAAUGAAGCCAACAUGGAGGCCUUUAAGGAGAUGCUGGGGAACCAGAACGUGUGUGCUCUCCACGACCCCAGGUUGCUGCGGAAGGAGUCCCUCGGCGGCGUCCCUCCCCACCACCACACGGUGCAUUCUGGGAGCGACCGGAACUCGUGUCACCUGUGUGCCCAGGGCCGCGUGAAGAAGGGCCGGCGCCGCAGCCGCACCCCCAAGCCCAAGAAACCCGGGGAGCAGACGGUGUUCUCCGUCGGCAGAUUCCGGGUGAUCCACACGGACAAGAAGCUCCAAGGAAGCCCUAAUCCAAUGGCCGACUCCGGCGACCAACUGAAUCAAUCGCAAGACAGCAAGGAUCCAAAGGACGGCGCUGAGGACCCCAAGGAAGGGGGCUUCAACCUGAGGAACAUGUUCAAGGAUGUCAAGCAGCCCGCGGAGAGCUCCAACGGGGCCGUCCCAAACCCGGGCAAACGCAGGAAGAGCCUGACCAUAUUCGGCCUGGGGAGGCGCGGAAGUGACCCGGCGGGGCUGAAGAUGGCGUCCCUUCCUGGGGGACGGGUUUUCGGAGGUCUGAGGGAGGGCGGAGUGAAGUUCUCGAAGCAGGCGCCCGUAGUGUUUGAGGAACAGCUGCCGACGUGCCCGGAAACCGACUCUGUGACAGAGGUCCCUUACUCCGUGCCCCUGAAGGGUAUCACCGAGGCUGGCUCUCCGAGCCCCCGCGGCCUCGAGCCUCCGGACGGGCCGACGACAGAGCCCUCAGUGGGUGCCGCGGCUCAAGAGACCCCCGUCCCCAGCUCCUUAGCCAUUCCCACCUCUCUCCCAACCCGACGAACAUUACAAAGCCCUUCCCCCGGGACGGCAAGGGAGGAGAAGAAGUCGGCGGAGGUGUACUCACCUGGGCCACAACAGACCUCGACACCCAUAGCCCCCGGCUUUGGAGUCGCUUCCGGGCCGACGCCUUCUGCUGCUGCCCCUCAACGCACGGCCUCUUCCAGUGAAGGUCUUCUACCCAGCGGUACUCUACCCAGCCCCUACUCGAUAUCCAGCCUGGACGCAGAUCCGGGCAUCGGAGGGAGCCUAGCCUCCAUGACCCUUGGCUUGUCUCCUACCUCACUCUUCCCGGUCCAAACCACGUCCCCGGCGUCACUGAGAACGCCUACCUCAAGUGCAGUGUUCGCACAGAGCCUCACCCCGCCGCCACAUGACUCAAGAAACGCCCCCACGGAGCCAGUCAAAACUCCCUCAGCCUCCCCUGCUUUGAAGCACAGCCCUCAACUGACCUCCGUCUUGAGUAGGUCUAACCAAUCUCCUACCGCUUCUUUAAGCCUCGGUAGGAUCCCUAGCCCAUUACUAGCCCGCACCCCUUCUCCUGCGCUCACCCUGACCACAAACGCCAGUGCCAUGUCCCCCUCUCCAACCCCUUCUGCUAUCCUCUCUCCGGGGUCUUCCCAGACCUCACCACGUGACGCUUUGCCUCAUGUUAGAGGAAGGUUCACUAGUGUGGCCUCUCCUGCCUCGGAACCCGACCAGCUCCCGUGUGUAUCCGCAGGAGAUGUUCACAGUGCUUCUCUGGCUUCCCCUUCUGCCCCGCUGGGUAAGGACGGACCGAGCAGUCGACCCGUGUCUCCAGGGCAGUCACGCUCCCCGUCCUUGCCCCAAGAGGGAAGAAUGAGUAGUGUGUCCAUUGUCAAAGCUAGCCCAGAUAGAAAAAGGGAAUUUUCUGUGGUGACUAUGCUGGAGGAGGAAGAGCCUUCUAUUUUGACAACAAAAGAAGAGACCGGAGAGACUUCUGACCUUAAGAAGGACUUGGAAAAAGUUGAUAUUAGGUCAACUGUCACUAAGACAGGAUACUCUUCAGUUUCAGGGUCUGUACAAACUACGACGCUGGACAAAGAGCUUUCUACAGUGCUUGUAGUGCCAUCGGUGAGCCAAGGAAAGGAUGACAUUGUAGAGAUGAAAGAUCUACAAGAGGUUGUACAGGAUGAUAACUAACAGGGAAUUAAGACAUGAUGGGCCGCCAACAUAGAAGACCAGGACUGACAACCGUGUGUUGCAUUGCAAGUGAAGGAACAGAGUGGAAUAAAUAGAAGGCUGACCCUGAACAACACUAUUAAUCACAGCAGAAGAAACAGAUAACUCAUCUCGUGGGAACAAGGGUGUGUGGGGGGGGGGGGGGGGGAAUUAAUAUAUUGCUUCCGAUGGAGAUGGAAGCAGCUAAACGAUGAAAAGUAAACAAUGUAUCCCACAUAAUCAUGUAUUUUAUAAAAUGUUUAUUUAACAAUGCUAUGUAACACUGGUGAGGGUUGUUGUGAGUACGAGCCGCCUGGCUGGCCAGCAGAUUUAGGCUCUUUAAAGCUCUUACGUCUGCCACUAGCUGCUAGCUUAGAGAGCUAAUAUGAGCUUCUUUGACCAAAAGUUGGAGCUAUGGGGCUCACAACACUGUGAGUGCUCUGUAAUGAAUAACGACAUAACCAUGGUGCUCAUUUAUCAAUAUGUAAAUGCAGUGAUAGCAUUGUGAGUGCUGGCACUGGUGUUCUUAUGUAUUGAUAAUCUUGUCUGAACAAUUGAAGCUAGUUUUAAAUUAUUAAAGCAUAUCUAACCCCAGUAUAGCUUAACACAUACCUAUCAGAGGAUCUGUUACUCCAACUAGUUUAACCUAUAACUGCUACAAAUAGUUCAGCUUUUACUGCUCACAUGGGACAUAAACAAACAAUGUGUAUGUUUCCCCUGAAACAUCAAUCUGGUAAAUGUGUAGGUCACCAUUGCGAAUGUAUUGUACAUUUAACACUGAGCCACAAUUAAGUCUCAAUUGGAAAACUUGCCAAGUCCUGUUAUUCCAAAAGGACCACAUUGGUCUGUGAUAUGAGUAUAGCCAGGCUAUAUAGCAAGGCCAAAGAGGUCUUCCCAAUAUUUUUCUGUUUGUCCGCUAAUUUUAUCAUAACAUAAUCCAGUAUCCAGACUUAAAAAUCAACACUUAAACUGCUAAGAGUCUUUUCUGGAAAAAGUACUCCUCAACGAUAUUUGGUGGAUCGGCCAUAUUUGUUCAUUUUCAUUACUUUUUGGAUGUUUUCUUUUGCCAUUUAAUGUAAUUUUAGAUCUCUGCUAAAUUGACCGCAAAUUGCUAUGGCAACAGCUAAAAGGAGGGAACAACCAUGGAGUAUUAUGAGUUAUUGUGAAAUAAUUAUCGAAGAAUUCCAAACAUGUGAGCAUGGACAGAACUAAACUUGCUAAAUGAAAUAAAGGACCUCAAAAUUGGCAGUUGAAAAUAGAAUCAUUGAGAAAUUGUGGCAGAUAAAAAUAUUCAAGACAUUCCAAUGAAAUAUCUGGUGUUUAUGUCAUAUAAUUGCAUUAUGUGUAGAUGACGUGGCUAGCGGGGUUCUUAUCCCAAUUCAAGAUGCUGAAUUAGUUUUAAAUGCUAUAAACUUGUCCAUCUAUGUCAUGCUGUAACACAAACCUGUUCUUUUUUUGCAAACAAAAGGAAAGGCCAGCAAUCAACAGUAGGGCUGAGGACAAGGACUGAGUUCACUAUUCAACCUAUUAUACGUCUGUAUAGAAAUUGUCUUCACAAGCCCUCUAUUCUACACUUUUGAUGUAAGUCUCUUGCAAGGCAACACUUGGUGUUUUAUGAUUCUCAGGAAGGGUCCGAGAAUAGGGCAAGGUACUAUAACUCCAAGUAUAAUCUGGUUGAUAAGCAACACAUAAACAAACGUCUCUUUGUAAACUGUGAAUGUGUGUGCCUGCAAUUUAGCAAUCUGUAAUCUGUCGAUGUUUGAGGAUGGAGUCACAUGAACAAACAUUUCUUUUUAAAUUAUUUUUUUAAGCCUCAUGGUUUGAACAUCGCACCUUUACUUAAUCGUAAAUGUACAAGUAAACACACGCAUACCAGCAAUUUGGAUUCAUUUAAGCUGUAGGUUUAGUGAGUGUAAUAUCACAGUAUUAUCAGGGUGUCGUUGCUACAACAUCAGAUGUCUUUUGGUGUCAGGAGUUGGUGAAGAGGGUGUCUUGUAGGGAACCGUCAUUACUGAGGUUGGACGUCAUACAGUUUCCCAGCCUUUCUAGAGAAAUCCUGACAUUAGUCUCUUUUAGCCUGCCGUCAGAAUUUGUAUGCGUUUCCUUUCUCUUAAAGGUAUUUUUAUGCUGCCAGCAAACAUCAAACAAAAAAGCUAUAGUUACGUUUUAUACUUGUAUGGCGAAAAUGUAAUUCCUCCUGACAUCUUUGGAUUUAUUUCAUGUUGGUAUUCUGGCUCUGUGUCUGCAUCACUAUCAAUAUCUAACUUCUACACAAUGUCUCUCUUAAGUGGUGGUACCUUUACAUAAUGGGUCGUUUAAAGCAGCUCUAGGGGAAAAGGAUUGAUGCAGAAGGCACUUUUCUUACGCAGUAUAUAUUGAAAGCCAUUGGAACACUGAGAUUAUAAGGAAUGAAAAGUCAUAUUUGUGUGCUUUAUUAGAAAUCAUUAGAAUAGCUUUCUUUUCUUUGUGCGAGUGGAUACACAUUUGGGGGGUAAUAAUCACACGUGAGGCACAUGCACCACAGUCACAUGUACAGUACACUCAGAACCCAGGAGGGCCGUUUCCCAGGGCCACCGUGGUAGUAGUAGACAAACAGCCGUAGGUGAUCCCUGUGUUUGUCCUCGAUGAAGCGUCUGGGAUCGGCUCUGUAUUCCCGUGCUGUGUUCACUGAGAUAUGAAGGGAAGGCUCACUUCAUCUAGAAACAGGGUUAUCCAAGGAUUUAACCUUUAGCACAAUGUUCACAAUACACUCAGCAAUAACGUAAAGAUUUAACGCUGUUGAACAUGACUAUAAUAUGUUUUAUGUUUUGUCACAAUGAAAGGAAUUACAUUAUCAAGUCCACCUUUUUCGUGUCGAUGUCAAUAUGCAAUAUACGUUUUGCUUUCGAUUAUGGAAACAUGUUGGAACCUCCAGAUUAAAUUGUCAAGAUAUUGAACACAAUGAAUCUGUGGUAAUAAUAAAGUGAUUCUGAUUAAUCUGGACACUUUGGAUUGGAAAUGGAUUAAAGAAAUAAGAGAAAUGUGCA